AUGGCCGAAGAUGAGCUCACAGUCAAAAAUUAUAAAGUGUAUGGAGAAAAUGACUGUUACAAUGGAGAGGAACCACACUCCAAGAACUACAUAACCAUGGAAGAAUCUAAGUAUGAAAACAGCCUCAGCAUUGUCAGCAAUGCCUUCUGCACCACUGAUUGCUUAGCCCCCUUGGCUAAGGUCAUCCGUGACAACUUCAGCAUUGUGGAGGGACUCAUGACCACAGUCCAUGCCAUCACUGCCACCCAGAAGACUGUGGAUGGCCCCUCUGGGAAGAUGUGGCGUGAUGGUCACAGGGCUCUCCAGAACAUCAUCCCUGCCUCAACUGGUGCAACCAAGGCUGUGGGCAAGGUCAUCCUUGAGCUGAAUGGGAAGCUUACUGGCAUGGCCUUCCCCGUCCCCACUGCCAACAUGUCAGUCGUGGAUCUCACCUGCCAUCUGGAGAAGGCUGCCAAAUAUGAUGAUAUCAAGAAGGUGGUAACGCAGGCAUCAGAGGGCCCCCUCAAGGGCAUCCUGGGUUACACCAACCACCAGGUCGUCUCCUCUGACUUCAACAGUGACACCCAUUCUUCCACCUUUGAUGCUGGGGCUGGCAUCGCCCUCAAUGACCACUUUGCCAAACUCAUUGCCUGGUAUGAUAAUUAAUUUGGCUACAGCAACAGGGUGGUGGAUCUUAUGGCCCACAUGGCCUCCAAGGAGUAAGAACCCCCAGACCACCAGCCCCAGUCAGAGCACGAGAGGAAGAGAAAGGCCCUUAGCUGCUGGAGUGCCCCUGCCUACUCAGUACCCCAGAUCACUGAGCAUCUCCCCUUGACACAGUUUCUACACCAGACCUCCUAAAGAACGGGAGGGGCCUAGGGAGCCCCACCUUGUCAUGUAACAUCAAUAAAGU